AUGGGAUCAGAAUCGAAAGACAGCAAGUUUGGAGAGUUGGGUAAGGUUGCUCAAGACCAAUGGAAAAAGGGUACCGAAGAAGCAAAGAAAGUAGGAGGCGAUAUCGAGGAUGCCUUUGGUAAAGCUGAAAAGUCAUCUAACAAAGGAGCCAAGAAUGUUAUGGGAAAAUUUGAAUCUUCUGAUAAGGAAAAAGAGAAGAAGUGA